GAGGGGACGUGGAGUCUCCAACCACGUCUGCAAGGGAGACACAUUUCUCCGGCCUAACGGUAUCGUCCGAGAGGAGUCACGCGUCACUCACCCACCGGAGGCUCCCAGCAGAGCCUCAAUCUCAAUGACAAAAUGAUUUUCCCCGGUAACAAUGACAGCUGAACAAUCGCACUCGUUCGCAUGUUCAAUGUCAAUUGUCAAAACGUAUUAUUUACCUCAGCACCAGUAGAUUACAGUGUUUAAUACAGUGUUACGCCACUGCACACGCCAGUGACGAAACUUCGGCCGCUCAAAGAACAUUUGAGGUUACUUGACACUCGUUACAUCGAUAAACAACAACACGAGAUGUUUAACAAGCUCAUGAGUGUUGUGAUAGUCGUAAUCGUGUAUGUGGUAACAAUUAAUCAUUCGGAGUGCAAGGUCAUUGGCUCCAAGGAUCAGUACGAGGAGCUGAAGAAUGGGCUGUACAGUGCCAGUGAUGAUGUUGUUGUGCUUAAUUACACGAACUUGAAGAGUGCUAUUGGCAAUGGGACAACUGCGUGGCUUGUGGAGUUCUAUAAUAGCUGGUGCGGUUACUGUCAGCGAUUCGCACCCACGUGGAAGGCCGUCGCCAAGAGUGUCGUUGGAUGGAGUGACAUUGUCACGGUGGCAGCUAUCGACUGUUCUACUGACGAUAACAAUCCCCUCUGUCGGGAUUACGAGAUCAUGAGAUACCCCACGAUCAGGUACUUCUCGAUUGGAGACAGGAGCAUCGGAGUGGAUGUUGAGAAGGCCAUGUCGGAGGAGGAGGUCAGGCACGGAAUGAUAGAGCAGCUCCAGAAGGAUCAGCAAGAGGGGAAGGGCAGCAAGUGGCCCAAUAUUGCUCCUUACAGGAGUAACGACUCUGACGACUGGAUACGAGCCCUGCCCCCCUCCGUGCAAUACCACUUCUUCCUCUUCGAGGAGGCCACCUCCUACCUCGGCUCCGAAGUGAUCCUCGACCUCCACACCUUACCCUCCCUCCAGAUCCGCCGGGUAACGAAGGACAACGUGUGGCUGACCUCGGUUUACCGAGUCAAGACCUUCCCAUCGCUCAUCGUCCUAGACAGAGAGAACAGUCCCCUCGGACUGGAACUCUCGGAGCCGACCCGCGAGGGCACCACCCGAGCAAUCCAGGCCUUUCUAAAAUCCAAGGGGCACAUCUCCGAGCCCAAGAGGCCCGCACGCCCUGAAAUCCCGACGUCGAUCGAGAGUAAAGACGUUCCAACUGAGAUAAAGCACUCGCACAUCCCCGAUAAACCCCCCAAGGACGCCCUGUACCAGGCAGACCUGGAGAACGCCCUGAGGUACUCCCUGGAGCGCGAGAUUCCCCUGAAGAAGAGGAUCGAGGGGGUCCAGCUGGAGGCCCUCAAGGCCUACCUGAAGGUCCUCUCGAGGUACUUCCCCCUGAGACGAGGAAACUCCGAAUUCUUAACGAAACUUUACAACGUCGUCUCGGAUCGUCCCAGCAUAACCGGUGAGAACUUCAAGGGUCUGGUGACGCUGCACCAGCAGGAGAUGUCGCCAGUGUUCACUGAGAAUCGAGAGUGGAUCGGCUGCAGUGGAAGUUCACCUCAGUUUCGGGGGUAUCCCUGCGGCCUCUGGACCCUCUUCCACACCCUGACUGUCAGCCAUGCAGAGGCCUUCGAGGAUGAGGACCCUGGGAGUCGAUCUGUGGGGAUGGUCCUGAGGGCCAUGCACGGCUACAUCAGCAAUUUCUUCGGCUGUGCUGAUUGCGCUGAUCACUUUGUGCAAAUGGCCACUGAGAGGAAUUUGUUCGACGUGGAGACUGUCGACAAUGCCGUCCUCUGGCUGUGGAGGGCCCACAACGAGGUGAACCAGAGGCUCGCUGGGGACGCCACUGAGGACCCGGCCCAUCCGAAGAUUCAGUAUCCCAGUCAGCAGCAGUGCGAGGCCUGCAGGUACGCCGAUGGCUUUUGGAACUCACAGGAGGUCCUCAGGUAUCUGAAGAGGAAGCAUGGGGUCGGGGGGAUUCAAUAUGGGCUCAAGGAGGCGCCCAAGGGGGAGGUCGGCAGACCUGGGAGGGAACCUCUCGCUGCUGAGGGGGACAGCAGGACUGUGCAGAGAAGGACUGGCUGGGAUUUCACGGUUUUUGAUAUCAGCAUUUUGGUUGUGCUCUAUGUGGCCUCUGCUGGAAUUCUUGUGCUGGUUUGCGUGCAGUUCGCUGUUAAGAAGUCGAUGAGGAAGAAGAUGUUUUUACAUACCCUGCUUGGGAGGGUGUGAAUUUCGAGGGCAAGGAGGGCUGCUCGGGGAACGUGGGAAUACGGGGAUUUGGGAGAAAGAUUCUCAGUUUUUUGGAAAUUUGGAUAGGUUUCGGGGAGGUAGGGGAGAUUGGAGGUGUUUAGAGCGCGUUUUUAGGUUGAUUAAUGGUGGGAACUGACUAGCUUUGGGUGAUUGGAUAUUUCUGUUGGAAAAUGCUUUAGGAUGAAGAAUAUGGAUUCAAACUUUUUCGUCCAAUUUUCUUAGCUGUUUUGUUGAAUUCUGUUGGAAGAGAAUUGAAAUUCCAUAGAUACUCGAUAAAGAUUUUUAGGAAAUGUACAGAAAGCUUCAGCCAAAAAUUUUCAGUAGAGAGGGAAAAAAUUGAAUCCAACUAACCAAUUGUCUUUAGAAUGAGAGGUUUCAGGACAAAAUGGGGAAAGAUCUUUUUUCUAGAAAUUUUCUCAGCUGCAAAAUAUGUCUUCUGAUAUUUUGCUGUGAAAGCACUUGUUUUUUAGAUAAUUGCAGAACCAGUGAAGGAGGUCAACCAGUGAAAUCAUGUGAUAAACCAAUUAUCUUUAGAAUGAAAGGUUUCAGGACAAAAUGGGGAAAGAUUUUUUUUCUGGAAAUUUUCUCAACUACAAAAAAUGUUUUCUGACAUUUUACUGUGAAACCCCUAAUUUUACAACAAUUGCGGAAUGAAAGAUGUCGUAAUUGAAUUGAAUUAUCUCAGUGAGUUAUGAAUAACGAAAAAUUUAUUGUAUUGUUUCUAUGAAUGAUGAGAGCACUACGAUUAUAAAAUGAUGCAGUUUAUUACUCCACAUUGUUCAAAUCGUCAACUAUUAGAAUAGGACUUGCAAACGAACUCUUCACCGAAUAAACUGAAAAUUUGUGACUGUAAAUAUUGCGGAUAUAUUGUACAUAUUGAAUAUUGAAAAUUAUUUAGAGCAUAUUCCUCGAUGUCCCCGUCCAUCGGCAUCGGUUUUAACAUUUAUAUGAUGAUGAUAUUAUCAAUAAAACCAGUUUUAA